GGAUUUCGAGUCAAGAAUGAUCAAAUGACAAUUCAGAAAGCUCCCACUCCUCUUUAGAAUAUUCACAACUUCCACGCGUCGCUUUUCUUAAAUUUACAAGCACCACAGCUUUCCACCAUGUGCCUUUGAAUCUUUCGGCCUUUAUGUAGCCAGGACACGCAUCUUUCCCGGUGUCUGUGUCUCAACCCGACAACAUGGCUGGAGGUACCGGCCAGAAGUUCACCACGGCCACCACCGUUAUCGCCGGUGUCUUCUCUUUAGCAGCAACUUUCGUAUCUAUUGUCUCGAUAUGGCUUCAACUGAAGAACUAUCGAAAGCCACUGUUGCAAAGAUAUGUCGUCCGCAUAUUAUUAAUGGUUCCGAUAUAUUCCAUAAGUUCUUGGGUUAGUAUGGUGUCAUUGUCAGCAUCGGCGUUUCUGGAUCCAAUUAGAGAUAUAUACGAGGCUUUUACUAUCUACACCUUCUUCCAACUCCUUAUCAACUACCUCGAUGGCGAACGAGCCCUCAUAAUUAUGGCACACGGACGUGCCCCCGUACACCAUCUGUGGCCAUUAAACCAUGUCUUAGCCAAAGUCGACAUAUCCGAUCCUCAUACGUUCUUGGCUGUAAAACGAGGAAUACUUCAGUAUGCGUGGCUCAAGCCCAUUCUCGCCCUAGCUGCAGUCGUCAUGAAAGCAACAGGUAUCUACCAGGAGGGGUACAUCGGCGUCUCGUCAGGCUACAUGUGGAGUGGAAUUAUAUACAACAUUAGCGUUACAGUUAGUUUGUACUCGCUCGGUCUAUUUUGGGUCUGCAUGCACAAUGACCUGAUACCCUACCGACCAGUUCCCAAAUUUCUAUGCAUCAAACUCAUCAUCUUCGCCUCAUACUGGCAAGGGUUCUUCCUUUCCAUUCUUGUGUGGCUAGGGGCCAUUCCGGAUGAUGUCCAGGGGUAUACUUCGGACAACCUCGCCGCUGCGAUCCAAGACGCUUUGAUAUGUUGCGAGAUGCCCGCGUUUGCUGUGGCUCAUUGGUAUGCCUUUUCUUGGCAUGAUUAUGCCGACAAUACCGUUUCCUCCGCCAGAUUACCCGUCAAGUAUGCCGCAAGGGAUGCUUUCGGCAUCCUUGAUCUUAUCGAAGACUCCAAACAGACCUUCCGAGGCGAUCAGUAUAGUUAUAGGGUAUUCGACUCUAGUGGAAAAGUUAUUGCACACGAAGACUCGAGUUCUCGAUUCGCAAGGCUGAAGGAUGGGAUGAGAUACAAGCGAGGAGGUGAGGCCAAGUAUUGGAUCCCUAAACCAGGCGAGGUCAGGGGAGAGAUGAGUGCAAAUACGCCACUUCUGAACUCCAAUGGAGGACCUAGUGGUAAUCCAACACCAAAGUAUCAGCAUGGGUCUACCGAUGAGGCCACACUGGAUCCUGAUGAUGAGAGUCUCUACCACAAGGCACGAGAGUUGGAAUUUGGAGACUGGAAUUAUCCUGUUGUUACCGCAAAUGUGCCAACAAGAGAACGCUGGAUCUCCAGGCAACCGGCUGUGUAUCAAUCUAGUACCGGGGCGUGGCAUACAACUCGAACCAGGUCAUCCCAAAGCAUCAGCAACAGGCCAACAGAGUCGACACCCCCAAGUGCUGAAACCGUUAUCAGUAAAAAGAAGAAAGGUAAACAGAAGCAACCCAAGUCUACACCUAAACCUCCCCCAGAGCCUACAGCCGCUGUUGCAGAGGAAAGAGAAUCAGAAGGUCCUCUAGGUGCACCCCUACUCUCAACAGCCGAACCUCAGAUUCUAGAGGAAGAGGCUGAAGAGGAAGAUCCUACAUUUAAGAUAGGAGAAUCAACAUCCGAAGAUGUGACCCCUGGAGGGCAAGAAGAAGAAAGGCAAUGGGGAGGCGACGGAGCAGACCGCAGCACAACAAGUCCAGUUUUCAGCACGGGCGAGGACGAGUCUAGCAAUGUUUGGGGCGGCGACCGCUUGUGAUUUUAUUUUGAGAUUGUGUUUUGAGUCCUUUUGCGCCGUAAUUAUUAGAUACCCUGGAUUUUCGCGUACGGCCGUUUCAUACUGGUAUGUAACUAGAAGGCAAAGUGAAAUAUUGAAAAAGAAAAUUGAAACUGUAGCU